UACUAACUUUGCAUCUAAGAGGCAAAAGACCCAAAAGAACCUUCCCAUUUUUUUCUCCUCAAAAUUAAAGUCCAUAUUCCAUAAAGACCCGGCCUUAAUUUUGUGCCCAAACUCGAGUUGAGUGUUGGAACUGCACUUAAUUUGAGAAAUACCCAGAAACAUUCUGAAAUAAAGUAGCUUUGUUAAACACCCAUUAACAAGAUCAAAUAAUUCUCCAUUGUUAAAUACCAAUGCGUGGUUUAGCGGCUCAGAUUUAUACUUAUUUUUGCAGAGUUAGACCAGGAAAUGUACAAUCUAAUGGAAACUCUACAUUUCUCAGAACGAAAGAAGAAUUAACUCUUGAAGAAGAAGCUGAAAGAAAAAUUGGAUGGGUGCUUAAGCUUAUAUUUGCUGGCACUGCUACUGCUGUUGGUUACCAUCUUUUUCCUUAUAUGGGAGAUAAUUUGAUACAACAAUCUGUGUCACUUUUGCAAGUAAAAGAUCCCUUGUUUAAGAGAAUGGGUGCAUCUCGGAUUGCUCGUUUCGCUGUAGACGAUGAAAGGAGGCUGAAGAUUCUAGAGAUGGGUGGAGCUGAAGAGCUUGUGAAAAUGCUGGACACUGCUAAAGAUGACCGAACUAGAAAAGAGGCGCUUAAAGCACUUUCCGCUCUUUCAGCUUCAGACGAAGCUGCUGCUGCGUUACACCAAGCUGGAGUAAUUUCUGUGAUCAGGUCGGUUCCAGACCCUGCUGAGGAUCAAGACAUCACCACUUACAAGUCAAGUUUACUGAAAAUGUUUCAAGAUUUGUGAUACAACUGAAAAUCUUGGCUUUUAACUACUUAUAUUUUCAUCUCCGAUACUAUCCAUUUACAGUAUUAAAGUCGAUGCCAGCAACAGAAUGCAGGUGCAGCAUGAUUAAUUACGACUCUUUUGAAGACUAGAAUGAGAUGUGCUGCCCUACCAUGAGCACAAAAUAAGAUAUGUUUUAUGUUCUUUUUGAUGUAUUUGGGCAAGGAGGUCAGCUGAGUUAAGUGCCCUAUAAAACUGUGUCAAUUACUGAUAAUUUCAACAUGUGAUUCAUACUUCAUGCCUUCAUGGGAGUGUAACCCAUUUGUAGAGUUAUGAUCUUGAUUGACACACGGGUCCUUUUAAUUAAAUGUAAUUGUUGAUCAAUUAAUUGUCUCACUUUACUUGUUCAUUUCUUAAUA